AUGCGCUGGUGUUCGAUAUAUGUUUUGCCGAUAGCUGCUUCAGCAGCUGCCGUCGCAAAUGCAGCCAAGACCACGGUCACUUCUAUGCCAUCUGUUACUUUGGAUUAUUCGAUCAUUGUUGCCACCGCGGGUAGUGAAUCGAUUGGAUAUUACAAGUACCAAAACAUUCGUUAUGCUGCUGUUCCUACUGGAGAUCUUCGUUUUGCAAAACCACAAUGGCCCCCAGUCGAGACCAUCGUGAACGACGGUACUCUGGCUCCAGAAAAUGUUGACUGCGCAACUUACGAGGACUGUCUAUACCUUGAUGUCUGGGCACCUGCUAACAGUGCCAACAAGAGUCUGCCUGUUGUUGUAUGGUCCCAUGGAGGCAGAUUCAUCUUUGGAAGCAAGACAGCGGUCACUCCUGAAGCCCUCUUCGCCUUGAGCAAGGAUUUCAUCUUCGUUGCUUAUAACUACAGGCUUGGAAUGUCAGGUCUAGCUACUGGCCCGACCCUUAACCACGAAGGCGGAACCUCGAAUGCUUUAGUCUGGGAUUCUGCGCAUGCUUUCGAAUGGGUCAAAAAAUAUAUCAGUCACUGGGGUGGUAACCCUGAAGAAGUAGUGGCCGUUGGUUUUUCAGCCGGUGCUUCACAGGAUCUCUUUCAAAUUACAAAAUUUGCUGGUCGUGCUGAACAGGCUUUUGCUCGUGCAUACCUUAUGUCACCAGGCUACGUACCUGGAGCUGGUUAUCAGAACUCUGAGGCCUUCUACCAAAAUGUAUCCAGCUCUGUUGGGUGCUCGGGUGGUGGCUUGGAAUGUAUGCGUUCUGUCAACUUCACAACCCUUCAAACAGCUGCUACGAACAUGGUAUCCAACUACACAUAUCAAUUCCAACCUCGUGUAGAUGGGGGUUUUAUUGCUGAUACAUACGAAUCUCAGCUCUAUCAAAAACGCUUCAACUUCACUGGUCCUCUGGUGAUAACUCACGAGCUCCACGAAGUCAACAACAAAUUACCUGCAGGUGUAAAUACUAGUUCGGAUAUCGCUCCCCAUCUCCGACUAUACUUUCCUUCUAUUACAGAUGGUAUCAUCAAUGAAAUCCAGGAUCUUUACCCCUCAGCCGAUUACACAAGUGAAGGACUUCGCUUCGCAGAUAUAAACCAAGACUUCGAAUUCGUGGCUCACAACUACGCUCUAACUGAAGCACUUAAUAACCAAACCUGGAAUGCCAUGGUGGCGCUUGGUGUAGCUACUCACGGUAUGGAUCAAAAUUAUUAUUGGUACAGCAACUUCACUCUUGUUGAAACAAAUACCACUACCACUACAGCUACAACUGCAGCGGGUGCCGGUAUUGUUACCACCACAGACAUAGAUUUCAAUACUGCACUUAAGAUGCAGAAAUAUUUGGUGUCGUUCAUCUUGACUGGAGACCCAAACAAGAUGUGGCCGGAGGAUAAACUAUAUUGGCCAUUGCAUGGAGGAAACACAUCUUCGCCUGGCCAGGAGUUGGUAUUCAAUGAUACGAUGUAUAUUCAAGAUGAUAUUUUGGCCAACGAAAAGAGUGUGUUCUGGAAUAAGGCACUUUGGUAUUGAAAAACUCAAAGAAGUAAAAUAUUGGUUUCGGAAGAAUGAAGAAUAGAUUCAACUAUUUAAGUACAAGUAUUUGAUACCGGUAUCAAGUCUCGCUAAUAAUAACGAAUAUGGAGUGGAGGAUCCGAGAACAAAAAUUGAAUGGAAAAAACGGGUGGACUCUUUUGCCCAAGUUUGAUUCUGGAUAUCGAUCUUUGUAGUCUGAACCAAGACUGAAAUUCAGUUGAUACUAAAUAUCAAAACAUCUGAAUGUCCCAUAAGUCGUACGUCAAGCAAUACAAUGCCAAACACGACACUAGAUGGAAGUGGGGAUGAAUGGUGGUAAAAGCUAAAGAUGCGGGGUACCUACCCCAAAACAAUCAUCGAACAACCCAAUCCCUAUCCCAAUUCCAUAUCCGCAUAUUCGCAUAUCCAGAAU